GUGGUGUGAUUAGGCCAGGUUAAAGUAGCCUUGAUAAAUAAUUUUUCGAGUGUCUCCUCGUGGAACUGAGAGGUUAAUUGUCAAAAUACUUUGGAAAAUUGUUCCUUGUAUUUUGUCUUUUAAAAAAAAAUUCAUGCCGGACAGUUUGGGCUUGAGUUGUUUGAAUAUGGAAAAACUGGCAGAGAUUGGAAGCUGGCAGGCACACAGUUAAUGAAAAAAGUAUUAAAUAGCAAUCUUGCAUAACACUAAAUUUUUCAUGAUGUUGACAGAAUCUUUGGCCACAGAUGGUAGAUAGUGACCAUGUCUUUAUACUUCAGUGCUGUGAAAAAUACAAGUGCUGGACAGCACAGCUGCGUGAUGAAGGGAAUUAUCUGCCCUACUGGUUUUUCACUUUUGUUUUUAUGGCAGUGCCAAGUAGGCACUCACAUCCUAAAAGCUCUGUGUUGAGAGCAUGUGUUGGAAAUACAGACCAAGGAGUUAGGAGGGAAGUCCAUUUAUUUGGACAAAAAAAUUCUUGGGACAGCAGUAGUGGGUGGGUGAAUAUAGGUGCUGAGGUACCAGCCUGAAAAGAUGGUAUGGGUUGAAAUGUCAGAAGAUGGGCGAUUAUUGAAGUCUUCAGUAAUUUUAAGAGUAAGAAUUACCAUGUUAGAUCAGAUCGCUGACUUUCUCUGCUAUCUAGUCAGUGAUAUUAUCUAGCCUUAGGUCCAUAAAAACUAGCAGUAGGCCACCACUUAAUGAAAAAUUUAAUGUCUAGUUUAAACAUAUUAAAUAAACUAAAAGAAAAAAAGUGUAAAUUUAUCAGCUAGUACCUGGCUUGUCUUGGUUUAAAUCCUUUAUAACAUCUGUUUUAAUUCAGUUCUCAAUUCUUGAAAGUUACUAAGGCUUUGUUAAUUGCUCUUUCCCUACAGCAGUAAGGCUUAAACAAUUCUGUCUGCAUGUAGUUCUCCUUCAUCCUCUUCACCUUUGAAAUCAGUGGCUGAUAGAAAACCAGUUGUCAUAUAGGGAGAGCUCUUGGAUUAAGGGGCUUGUUUUGGUUUUGUUUUUUCCUCCCCAACACCACCCAGGUUUCAAAAAUAGUGAGUUGGAAAGAGUGUCCUACCUCUGUCUGUCAGGAUAUUUAAUCCUCUUAAUAAGCUUUAGACUUAAUGUUUACCUUCUGGCAGUAAGAUCUACCAUUGAGCUACUUCUUUUUAAAAUAUACAUUAUUUUUUAAUGAAGUAGGGUUUGCUGCUUCAGAGGAAGGUUGGUCAGGCCGAUAGUUGAGAUGCUAACUUACAGUAUCAAACUCAACUCAAGUUUCCCUGUUGCACUGUAGCCUCCCUUGGUCUAGUCAAAACUCUAGAGUAUAUCUGUACUGAUAAAUGAAAAAGAGCCAAGGAAUGAGCUCGAGCACUGGAUUAAUCUGUGAAUAUCUACAGUGCCCAUUAGCUCUUUUCUUAGCUCUGUUUUGCACCAGCUUUCUCCAGGACAAGUUCCUCUAAAUCUUACUCAGCACUACGUUGUACAGAUCUGGGCCAAUCUGUACCAGCUGCAGGACCACAGUAAUGGAACAACUGCAGGGUCCAGUUAUGCAAGAAGAUGCAAAUAUUAAAGCUAUUAAUGAAGAGUACAGGAAAGCCUUUAUUUUUAUCAAUAAAGGACUGAAUACAGAUGAACUGGGUCAGAAGGAAGAGGCAAGAAGUUACUAUAAGCAAGGGCUUGACCACUUGCUCCGAGGAGUUAGCAUUCCAUCACAGGGCCCUGCAUGUAUUGGGUCCCAGUGGGAGUCUGCCAGGCAAAUGCAACAGAAGAUGAGGGAGACCCUCCGAAAUGUUCAUGCUCGACUUGGCAUUCUAGAACAAAACACCCCACCCGUACAAGCAAGUCCUGCUGUGAUGGAUGCCCCUGCUGGGGUGCCCAAGCUGUACCCAUCCAUUCCUUCCAAAGAAAAGCCAGAAAGACCCCCUGCCCCUAAUUCUCUGUUCCUACCACGUCAACCACCUGCAGCAGAUGGAAGUGUUGCAACUGUGAGCCAGGGGCAAACUCCAGCGAUGAGUCCAUCAUCUGCAAAACCUCGUUGUCUGCCAAAUGAAGCACCUCCUGCCUAUACUCCUCAAGCUACCAAUGGCCAUUUUACUGUGUCUUACGGCACAGACUCUGGGGAGUUUUCUUCUGUAGGUGAGGACUACUACAGUAAGUGUACUCAGCCACCUCCCCUUGAAAACCUGGGAGUGGAUGCAGAUGAGCUGAUCUUGAUUCCCCAAGGAGUACAGAUAUUCUUUGUGACUCCUGAUGGGCAGGUUAGUGCUCCUUCAUAUCCUGGAUAUCUACGCAUUGUGAAGUUCCUGGAUACAGAUAGUGAGACGGCUCAGAAUCGUCCACCUGCAUUUCUUCAGGUUUGUGACUGGUUGUAUUUUCUAAUGUGUAACGAGUCUCCUGUUCUGUGCUGCAAUACUGGAGUCUACAUGUUCCCUGACACGACGUCCCAGUUACCAGGGUCCUACGUGGGAGUAGUGCUGUCUUCAGAACUUCCAGCAGCUGACAGAGAGCUGUUUGAGGAUCUCUUAAAACAGAUGUCUGACCUUCGAAUCCAAUUCCCUGAUAUGAUGUCACAGGUGCCAGGAUCCCAUGAGAGAGUAGGGUUAUCUUCAGAGCUCCCAGCAACUGAGAGAGCGCAUUUUGAAGAUAAAUUUAAACAGAUGUCUGGCCACAAAGUCCAGCCUCCAGAAGCCUCUAGUGAUACAGUUAACUUGCCUCAGACUGUACAUAUCCAACCACAACCUGAAGGAGCAGAAAAUCAGAAAGAGUUGCCAGAGUGGAGUGAGAAAGUUGCCCAUGGAAUCUUGUCAGGUGCAUCUUGGGUAAGUUGGGGCCUAAUUAAAGGAGCAGAAUAUACUGGUAAAGCUAUCCACAAAGGAGCUUCUAAACUGCGAGAACACAUUCAACCAGAAGAAAAACCUCUGGAAGUCAACCCAACUGUUGCAAAGGGACUUCAUGUAGCAAAACAGGCUACAGGAGGAGCUGUGAAAGUCAGCCAGUUCUUAGUUGAGGGAGUGUGUUCCAUAGCAAGCUGUGUUGGAAAGGAGCUAGCUCCACACAUGAAGAAGCAUGGCAGCAAAUUAGUUCCAGAAUCCCUUAAGAAAGAUAAAGAUGGCAAAUCCACUUUUGAUGGUGCUCUGGUGGUAGCAGCAAGUGGAAUUCAAGGCUUUUCAACAGUGUGGCAAGGUUUAGAAAAUGCAGCGAAGUGCAUUGCUAAAAGUGUUUCAACUGAGACUGUAAAAACUGUCAAAUACAAGUACGGAGAUGAUGCUGGCCGUGCUACAGACAACGCUGUGAAUUCUGCAAUCAAUGUUGGUAUGACAGCAUUUAACAUUGACAAUAUUGGUAUCAAAGCUGUGGUAAAGAGAACUGCAAAGGAAACUGGCCAUGCUGUGUUAGAUGAGUAUAAUGUCUUGGAUAAUGAGAAGGAUAAAAAAUUACACCAAUGAAAUACUUCUCGAAGCCUUAGAGAUGAAACUUCCUAUUUAUAACUAUAUUGCUAAUCUGUGAUCUAACACCAAUCACACUGUAGUUUUCAAGCAACUAUUACUUAAUUUGACAUGAAACUGUAAAAGUAGGGAGGGCAUUUGUAGGACAAAUGAAAGUUGUCUUAACUCCUUGUGUAUUGAACAAGGGUUUUAAACAACUGAUCAGGGUUUUAUAGAAAUGGAAGGAUAUGAGUUUGCAGUUAAUCAACUUGCCUCUGUAAGCACUUUUUCAAAAUAUAAUAUGGAAUAAUAAAUUAAUAUAGAAAUACUAUUGUGAAUAUUUUUGUAAUACUUUAUAAAGAACGUGGUGAUAUAGAACAAAUAGGCUUACUAAUUCUGGAACAAGUAAGAUUACUAGUUUUGUUUUUUAACCAUACUUAAGAGUUAGUUUUACUAAAACAGCCUUGUCUUAUUUAAUAUGCACUACUAAAAUAAGCUUUGUGUUUCAUUGUUUGGUAGAGAAUUGCUCUUUUCAGAUACCAAACAGCUAAUCUCACCCAAAGUUCAUGUUAGAAGAGAUGAAAGAUGAACCUCAGGUUACUAGGUAGUUAAUCCUUUUAAAACUUUUUUCCAUCCAGCAUAUAAGCAAACCAAAGAUACCAAGGAUUUCUUCUAAAAGAGGGUAUUUACAACGCUAGAAAAAUGUACUCUCCAGUUGACUCCAUAAGGAAUAUACAAAUUUUCUUUGAAAUUAAGAUUUUUAUUGAGAGGAUAAGUAUUUUUAUUUCAUAUAUUAAAGUAUUUUUCUGUAAAAAGAUUCUAUAGAGGACACUAGGAACUUCUAUGCAUUCUGUACUUGCGUCCAAUCCAGAAAUAUUCAGAGUAUAUAUUGUGGCCUCCUUAUGGAAUACAUUAUGUAUUUGCUUCAACAAGUAGUUUCAACAGUCAGCGUAUUUAUUCCAUUAAAUUCAUAGUUGCGCAAGGUAAAUUUUUAGAGAGAAUGAAGACAAGCCCUUUUAAUGAAGAGAUGUGUGUGGAAUAUAAUAGACACUGCUGUGUAGGUUUUUCAUCCUGUUCCUAGUGCAAUGUGGAAUAACUCCAUACGUAGAACCCUGCUACUUUAGCAGUUCAUUAUCGAGUUUUAAGGCUGCUACACAUACUAAUAUUGGCUGAACCUGCAGCAAACAGAACACCAUCAAUUUACAACUUAGAAAUAAGUUUCAUGUAAAUGGGGAACAUAACUAUAAAUGGUUGUUAGCAAAUGAUAUUUGCAUCAGAUUGAAAAAAUACAGUAACAACUAAUGUCUAUUAGAGUGGUAAUAGGUGCACAUUUUGUGGUAACUACUAUAGGUGUGUAAUUAGGCUGAGAAAUGUGAAACAAAGGGUCUAACCACUUGAAAUGUACCUUUGAUUUGUGGAAAUAAAGAUUAAAUUAAAGUUGGUUAA